UUUAUAUACAACCGUAUCUUUUUAAUGUUUUUGUUUGUGUUAAUCAUUCCCGUGUACACAGAACAACAGAAUGCCCCCUUGUUGUGUGUGUAAGCAAUAGGCAGGUCUUUUGUUUGUUGAUUUCGGAGUUCCCACCGAUCAAUUGAGUUUACUACGAUGGAAUCUCCAGUCGAUUUGUAGCCCGAUCACAGAGCCCUUCUUCAAGCGGACAGUCAGCAUGUCAGAAAAUGGAAGAUGAGUUAAGAGAUUUGUUGAAUUUUGGAGCCGUUUGCGUUUUCCUGUUAAUAAUCCUCAUCGCUGUCAUCGCUCUAUGUGUUCACACCAAAAAAGCUAAAGUUGCCUCAUCAACCCGGCGAGACCCCAAAAGACAUCUUCGAGCCAGUGCAAACUACAAAGGCAAACAUCGAAUCAACAGUAACCGCAGUAUCGUCUCUAGUGUCGUCAGCUCAAACGAGGAUCUGGCGUCAUACUACGAAGUCUACACGCUAAUUGUGCCCCCGACAUAUAACCCGACAGACAUGAAAACUAGCGGUAACUUGAUAGAGGAAAAUGAAAAUUCCGGUGACAUAGCAAAACCUUGCAUGCAAGAUCAAUAGUUUAAUGCAGCAUAAGGAAUUGAAGGGUCGUCAUGGUUUUUUUUU